ACAUCAACCAUCCUAUCUCUAGUUUAAACAAUUGACCGAUUGUGUAGGUUUGAUUGGCAAUUGCUGCAUUUCUGUCUAAUAAAAUUGUCUGCAAUUUAAGUUGAAAGAAUGGCGCCACAUGCGACUGCACCAUUACCACGGUAUGAUGAAGAAAUCGGGAUAAACGCCAUAUUACUAGGUCCACCAGGAUCCGGUAAAGGGACACAAGCUCCUAAGCUGAAGGAAAAAUUUUGCGUAUGCCACUUGUCCACCGGUGAUAUGCUCCGGGCUGAAAUAUCUUCGGGAUCUAAAUUAGGAACAGAGUUGAAGAAGGUAAUGGAUGAAGGAAAAUUAGUUUCCGACGAACUAGUAGUGGAUAUGAUUGAUAGCAAUUUAGAUAAGGCAGAAUGUCGGAAUGGAUUUCUUCUUGAUGGUUUUCCUCGUACAGUGGUGCAGGCUCAAAAGCUAGACGACUUACUUUCUAAAAGAAAUACUAACCUUGAUGCCGUAAUUGAGUUCUCAAUAGAUGAUAGUUUGCUAGUACGAAGAAUAACAGGACGGCUGAUUCACCCACCUAGUGGCCGUUCAUAUCACGAAGAAUUCGCUCCACCAAAAAAGGACAUGCGUGACGAUAUUACUGGCGAACCUCUUAUAAGACGCAGUGAUGACAAUGCAGAAGCAUUAAAAAAACGGUUGGAAGCGUACCAUAAACAAACCAAACCAUUGGUUGACUAUUAUGCCGUAAGAGGUCUGCACUUCAAAGUUGAUGCAGCUAAAAAAGCUAGUGACGUUUUUUCACGAAUUGACAAUAUUUUCUUGAGUCAACGACGAUCUCGUCAGAUAUUAUGAAAUCAGUGCGAAAAACUGUUAUAACAGUUCUUAAGACAAGUUGUAUAUUUCCAUUUUACAGUUUUUAAUAAAAUAGCCAACUGUAAAAAAUA